UGGAGGACUGGGUUGGGUCUCAGCGCGUUGUCUUUUCCUUGUUCCGCUGCCCUCUUUUUUGUAACUGUAACAUGUUUGCUCUCCUUUUGCUGCCUCUGCUGCAUGCAGGAUUUGGAACGCCUGCCAAAUUGACCAAGAAAUCUCUCCAGAACUACAUUAUCGUUGACUGGAAACUGUUGUAGAACAGCAAGAAGAAUCUGCAACCAUUCAAGACUAGAGAUGCACUUCAAGCAGUUACCACUGGAGGCAAAAGUUGCAGCAGUUGCUGGAAUUGUCUUCUUCUCCAUGAUAGUAUCACGGACAUACCUGGUUGAAAGGACUGAAGGGAAAAGACUGAGGUGGCUGUUCAGAUUGCAGAUGCUCACAUCCCAGCGAAGCUUUGGGAUAGAUUAUGCCCGCAACUGCUUCCUGAAGGAUGGCAAGCCAUUUCGUUACAUCUCCGGCAGCAUCCAUUAUUCUCGUAUUCCCCGGUAUUACUGGAAAGACCGUCUCUUGAAGAUGAAGAUGGCAGGCCUUGAUGCUAUUCAAACGUAUGUGCCAUGGAACUUUCAUGAAUCUGAACCGGGAGUCUACAACUUCACUGGUGACAGAGACCUCGAGUAUUUCCUGCAGCUUGCUCAAGAGGUUGACUUGUUGGUCAUACUGAGAGCUGGGCCAUAUAUAUGUGGAGAAUGGGACAUGGGAGGUCUACCUGCCUGGUUAUUAAAAAAAGAAUCUAUUGUCCUUAGAUCUUCAGAUUCAGAUUACUUGGCAGCAGUUGGAAGGUGGAUGGGGUUCUUACUACCAAAGAUGAGUUCUCAUCUUUAUCAAAAAGGAGGUCCAAUUAUUAUGGUGCAGGUUGAAAAUGAAUAUGGAAGUUACUUUGCCUGUGAUUUUGAUUACCUUCGUUACCUUAAAGACCUUUUUCGUCAGCACCUUGGGGAUGAAGUGUUGCUGUUUACCACGGAUGGUGCAAGCAAGACUUUCCUGCAAUGUGGAGCUCUUCAGGGCCUUUAUUCAACCGUGGACUUUGGACCAGGUAGCAAUGUCACAGCGGCAUUUUUAACGCAGAGACGCAGUGAGCCCAAAGGCCCGUUGGUCAAUUCUGAGUUCUACACUGGCUGGCUGGAUCACUGGGGCAGGCCUCAUUCCACUGUAUCGUCAUCAAUUAUAGCUAAAAGUCUUAGUGAAAUCCUGGCCCGCGGAGCCAAUGUUAACAUGUACAUGUUUAUAGGGGGAACUAAUUUUGGCUACUGGAAUGGAGCUAAUAUGCCUUAUAUGGCUCAGCCUACUAGCUAUGAUUACGAUGCACCACUGAGUGAAGCUGGAGAUCUCACAGAAAAAUAUUUUGCUAUCAGGGAAGUCAUUUCCAUGUACAAGGAAAUUCCAAAGGGUCCUAUACCUCCAACAACUCCCAAGUUUGCCUACGGAGAAGUUCCACUGGAGAAGGUGGGCACAGUGAGGGAACUUCUGGCCAACCUGUCACCAUCUGGACCAAUUAAAAGCAUCUAUCCCUUAACAUUCGUUCAAGUGAAGCAGUACUUUGGGUAUGUGUUGUACAGAACUAGGCUGCCAAAAAACUGUUCUGAGAAAACUCCACUGUCUUCAACGUUUGAUGGAAUUCAUGACCGCGCUUAUGUCUCUGUGGAUGGGAUUCCUCAGGGAGUCCUUGAAAGAAGCAAAGUGCUAAAGAUUAAUAUUACUGGGAAUGCUGGAGCAUAUUUGGAUAUCUUGGUAGAAAAUAUGGGCCGAGUAAAUUAUGGAAGAUACAACAAUGACUUCAAGGGGCUGACUUCAAAUGUAACUCUUGCUGAGGAGAUACUCAUUAACUGGGAGAUAUAUCCACUGGAUAUUGACCGAGCAGUGGGCCAGGACCUCAGAAAUGAGAAGACUGAUGGGAAUCAAUCCAGCUAUGAUGAGCCUACUUUUUAUAUUGGCCAUUUUUCUAUUCCUAGUGGAAUCCCUGACUUACCGCAGGACACCUUCAUCAGGUUUCCUGGGUGGACAAAGGGACAAGUCUGGAUCAAUGGAUUCAACUUGGGACGCUACUGGCCAGUCCGUGGUCCUCAGCUGACAGUAUUUGUUCCCAGCAACAUACUUGUUUCAUCUUCUCCAAACAAUAUUACUGUUCUGGAGUUGGAGAAAUCUCCUUGUGACACCCAGAAAUGUUUGGUAGAGUUUACUGACAAACCCAUUCUCAAUGCAACCUUGUACUAUGAAAACAGCAAUGAGAUGUUGUUCAGUAGAGAUGUAUGGUUGGACUAUAUGUGAGUAGAUUAGAUUGCUUCUUUCAUUGAACCAGGCUCCCCAUUUUGUAUACACUCAGCUAUGAGGAUGAAAAAGCCAGUGUUUCAGAAAUCCAGAGAUAUGAUUAAACAGUGGAGAUUCUAUCGAGUCAGUGGAAAGAAUCAAAUGGUAUUACUUCUUUUUUAAAAUAAAUAAAUCAGUGCCAUUCUUGCUUGUAAUUAGCAAGAAAAAAUACAAUUCAUUGGAUGCUCAAUGGUUUAAUAAAUAAACGGAAUAUCAGUUAAAUAAACUGUUGAACACAAAUCAAAA